UCGCUCGUAGUUUAGUGCGCGUUUGACCCGCCACCGACUGGCCGCGCUUCUUCUCUGUAUGCGACCGAACGGUAUGCGCGAACAAUACUUUAGCGAAGUUAGGUAUAACUGGAUUCUCCUACACAUUGGACGUUGAAUUAGUGUGCUGAGUGUGUGAUACGAAUGUUGCGAAUUUAUAAAUAAAAGUGUAGUUCAGUGAAUGAAAGUUGGAUUAUUUAAAAACACUUAUCUACCUAUCGUUCUUAUUGUGAGGUAGGUAAAUGUAUAUUUUGUUUUCAUAUCCAAGAUGCCUGAAUAGCUGAUUUAUUUAGAAAACGAACAGAACAACCGCAAAAAUGAAGCAACUCGUCAAUAAGAACCUCAUAACGCUUAAAUGCGUACUUUUCUGUUUCCUUUCGGGUAUUGGGUGCAUCUUCCCUUUUCUGCCACUGCACAUGCUGUCAGUGGGUCUAGACAAGGGAGAAGCCCGGUUGAUAUCGGCUGUCGCGCCAUGUAUUGCGUUGCUAGGUCCUGCCGUGUUGGGGCCUCUCAUUGAUAAACUAUCAGUGGGUAGAGGGUCAACUGGCGGCGCCACCAACCCGAGUGGUUCAGGGCGGCUACUGCGAGUCAUUACAGCUGCCUGCCUCAUCCUCAGCGCUAUAUUCUACACACUCCUCCUUGCAGUGCCUUAUACGGAACGACAUGAGGCUCGACGGCCUGAAGUGCUCUUCAUGUGCGAUGAAGACAGUGCUUAUGUCAUGCAAGAAGUGUGUAAGGAGGACAUGCGCUGCAACCGGUGGUCUGGCGAAAAGUCAGGAGUGCUGGCUGUGACAGCAUGUGAAUACGGAUGUGCAGACGAGAAUAUGACAUGGGUGAAGCAGCCUUUCACCACCACAUCCACCACCACCACGCUCAGUCCGAUGUACCUCAGCGUCGCCAACGCUACGACUUCUGCACCAGAAGUCACCGAAGACGACGAAGUAAGACAUGCGAUGCCUUUCGAAGUGAACCCUCCCCACUUCUGCUACAACGGCCAGUGCCUGGUAUACAUGCAGCAUCAGGCGAGGCUUCGCGUGCCUUUAUCUUUGAUAGCACCAGAAUUGCCUGAAGAUAACAGCACAUCAGACUCUGACUGGUGCACUUAUCGAACAGCGGGUCCUUCAAAGUGUCAGGUGCCUCCAAAUCGUUUGGCAGAGGUCUCAGAAGGCGAUGACUGCAGGCCAGCGGUGCGGUGCCAAGUUCUUGACCCUUACGAUGAACCUGAUGGUGUUUUAGCUGACGCUGAAUGUCGACUCAUCAUUGGAGAUCCCAGUUAUACGUUCUGGACUUACUUAAUUAUUAGAAUAUUAUCGGACAUCUGGCCAACAGCAGGAUUAGCUCUCCUCGGUACUGCCUGUGUCAUUGCGACCAGAGAAACGUCUUUGGGACGAGGUGAUGUCGGUAGACAGUUGGCCUUCGGUACAAUUGGGCUAGCCAUCUUCCCCCCACUGGCUGGACUGGCCGCAGAACAAAUGCCCGACACUCCAUUCCUUAUUCCAUUUGUUCUUCACGCUGUAUUCAUGUUUGUCGGAGCGCUAAUUCUACUCUUCGAUAGUCACAUGCCCCUGUCUACCCCGGAGUGGUGGUGGCAUACUGCCACUGGUGUAUUAGCGAUGCCAAUGAAUACGGUGCGUCGGUAUGGGGCUGAAACAGCUGCAGUUUUCGCUGUGGUGGCGCUGCUAGGCACCUUAUGGAGCGGCAUCGAUGCUUACUUGCCUUGGACGGUACAGGAGUUGAAUGGCACUGUAACAGAAAUGGGUCUAACGCUAACAGCAGGAGCGCUACCCGCCGUGCCUGCCCUCUGGUGGGCAGAAGCCCUUGUGGACUACAUUGGCCAUUCCAAUGUCUUCAUCAUGGCAUUUACUUUUUACGGCAUAAGAUACACCGGUUUGGCAUAUAGUACCGACUACACAUGGGUGGUAGUGUGCGAGAUAUUGGAAGUGUUCACACUUAGUUUAGUGUGGGUGACCGCAGUGUUGUAUUUCCGUCACCUGGUGCCGCGUAAAUACACAGCUACCGGACAAGCUCUGCCGGUUAUUGCUCAUUUCUGUAUCGGUCGGUGCAUAGGUGCCAUUAUCGGAGGCAUGGUUUCCUUACAGCAGCCGUUGCAGGCGGUACGGAUGGUGUACAAGUCGAUGGGAGUGGUGGCGCUGGUGGUGGCAGCUGUGUACCUCGGGCUCUAUCACCUGCUCCUAGCACCGCGCUGCGCCGCCCCCGCUGUGUCGCCGCCACACCAUCUCCUCCAAGGUUUAAAUAGAACGAAUGGAACAACGAAUGGCACAUACUCUCCAAUGCGGGUGUACCACGAAGAACGUUCCAGAAAGGGCCACUUCCGUUAUUGAGGUCCAUUAGUUGUAAAACAAGAAACCAAUAAUGAAAAGUACAGUCAGUACAGAACGAUAAUUUUGCAAAUCUGUAUUGUGUAAUCAUAAAAAUGUAAUAAAUACCUACUUCUUUAUGUAAAAAUGUAAUUUAGGCAUUUCAAAACACCAUAACUUGAAUUCUUUGAAAAUAAGUAUGUACUGUAAUCAUGAAAUGUUUGUCUGAAGGACAAUAGCAUACCUAGAAACUAAUUUUAUGUGUUACUCUAUUAAAUUGUCAAUGCAAUUUGAAUCUCUAUAAAUUGUUUAUAAUUCCUGUACCUAGCAUAAUGUAAGCGUGUCUGUCAUAAUAAUAAUAAAUUAAUAAUGCCGUGUGUAUUGUGCCUAUGUAUUUAAAUUAAGUAUCAAGUAUUUUUCGUCCCUUAUAUCGAAGCUUUAAACGCCAACAACGGGAAAAUAGAGAGAUUGCAUGGUGCUUGUGUGAAUGAACAUUUGACAAAUAGUAAGCCUAGUAAUGAGCCUUUCGCAUUCACAGGAUAUUUUUUGAGAAAGUGAUGCAUUAUAAUAUUAAUAUGUUUUAUAAAUAAUUGUUAAUUUUUCCAAAUACUGGUUGGCUCUAUAAAUUUUUUAAAGUAGCAGCUAAAUUCUCAUAAAAUAAUAAUUUCUAAGAUUAAUUUUAUUUUUUUUUAUAAAUUGCAUUUCAUAAUUUAGACCUAGGCAAUCACGAAUUUUAAGAAACAAAAUUGUGAUAUUAAAUUGCUUUUGUCUCAUCAUAUUUUGAUAUUGCUGUCAUCAUUUAUUUAUACUCAGUAUCAAACACAGACUAUUUGCAUUCGUAAUUUUGUAUAAAUAAAAUCUAAGUUUUUUUUAAUAAAAUGAUUUCAAUGCCUCGAA